UGUACGGAGGUGGAACGAAAACCGGGGUUAGAAUUUACGACGCCAGAACCAGAGAAAGUUGCGCAGCACUUGGUACCAUCUGCGCAAAGACGUGCGUUUAAGACCAUCGGGCUGCGAUUCCUGUACGGCUUUGCGCAGGGCUGCGUAAAAUUGAUCCUUACGAAUGCAUUCGGACUUAGCCAAUAUUACUACUCAAGAUGGCCGCCUCAGAGGAAAGGUAGUGACAAGCAAGCCAAUUAGCUAGCUAUGUCCUCUGAAGAUACAACUUAGCGUGUAGUUGUAUAUUGCACUGUUUUGUUUUGACAGUUGAUAGCCGCAUGUGAAUUUGUGUAUCCAUGUUAAUGACAGCGAGGGUUACAUUGUAAAAUAUUUUACGAGGACCCCAAGUUCACAGAUAAAUAGAUAGCCAUUUGGACUAUGUCGCUAGCUGGAAAGCCGUCCGGCAUAUUACAUAGCCUGGAAACAGCGUGUUAACUUUUUCAUAGCUGUCUCGUCUAGCUAUCAAGAAAUUAUAAAUACGACAUUUGUUUUGACUUCACCCAGUGUCGCAAUUUGUCAGCGUUCCAAGAUAGCUAGCUAGAGCCUAGCUACUGCUGCCUCCGAAAAAGUUUGACAGGCCAUGCUGUCGUUGAAAACAGCCCCAGAGAUAACAAACCUUUUGGUAGCUAACGUUAGCAGUACUUCUAUUUUCUAUUUAACUUUCGUCCGUCAGAAUAACCAGUUUGAUCAGUUGAGCGCCAGAGCAAAGGCACUUAAGUGCGUGACCGCCAGUUAAGCACAGUUUGUUUCGUAUUAUAUUUACCUCUCUUGAAUUAAACAGCUACAGCACUAGAGAGGUCCAGCGAUUAUGCCAGUGUAGAUUUAGCCCUGGGGUGGCGCUUGCCCUGGCAGAAUGGAGAGCGAUUGCAGGAUCUGUGCAAGAGCCCUGGUCAUCUACACGCUUCUCUUUGGCUGGAUGUCUGUCAGAGUGCUUGGUGCUGCUGUGUCAACCAAAGGAAAUAGUUCAGUGAUGGAUGCUGAGACCACACCCUGCUGGCAGGUGGAGGAGUUUGUGGUGUCGACAGAGUGUACCCAGUGCAGUGAUUUCCAGGCCAAGACCAGGUCAGAGUGCAGCUCAACUGGAUACGUGGAGAUGGUCAUUUGCACCAAGUCCAACAAGGAUGAGUACAGGAGCUGCCGUUCAUCCGUGAUGGAGGAGCAACUCUUCUGGAGAUUUGAGGCCUCCAUGUUGGGCCUGACUGUCUUUUUUGCCUUGCUUGUGGUAUCCCGUCAGCGGGCCCUGGAUCGCUUGGCAUCAGAGAAGGUCCGCAAGCAAAUUGAAUCCAUAUAGACAGUGUCCUGAGAUGGGGAAACAGCUGGACCCAGCAAAGCUCAACCCUGAAUGUGACCUCAUAUUUAGUGACAAGGCAAGCAGUGUUUGAGUGUCCUUAGAUGUCUUUGAGUGUCGUACUGAUUUCCAUCUCAGCCUAGGCUUGUCUGUAGCAGAUCUUUUUCCAGAAGAGCUGAGUGACUUGAUAUGAGUAUAACUUCCACAUCUAAGACACAGCUGGUCACUUUUGCCACUGCCACCUGGGUUUUCUUUUCAAUUUUAAAACCCCUUAAUGGUAACAUUCUGUGAGGUAUUUUGUACUAAUAUACAUUGAACAGCAGUAUCAAUGCAAAAGAUUUCACCCAGAGACUGCAUAUUCCCAGUUAUCUGAGCUAUUUUGUUUUUAGUCAAGGCAAACUUAUCUGGAAUGGUAUGCUCAUCCAGACUGGAAAUAUAAGCAAUGAAAACUGUAGUAAUGCAACUGUGAAGUGAUUCCGUGAUUUGAAAAAUUGUUUGCAGAGUGACAGUGUUAAUUUGUUACGGUACCGGUGCUUCAAAGCUCAUUGUGUUGAAAACACAGCCUCCGUUAUGAAGUCUCUGUAAUGAAAAGGAAAUCUCAGGGAAAUCUGACAGCCAGCCAAGCACAAUGCAAGGUGUAGUGGUUAUGGACAGCAUAACAGUAACAAUAACAGUUCACUUGAAUUGUUAGCCUAAAACUCAGAUUGUUGUCACAUGGAACUCUUUUCUUUUUCACAAGUGUAAUAUACAUAGUUUUUACACAGAAACUGAAGACAUGCUCCAUACUCUUUUGAUUUCCUAAUUUUGCAUUUUAUUUUCAGCCAAAGCAUAGAAGAAUGGCAUCUAUUUUCUCUCAUAGUUUUCAACCAGUGUGUGGAUACAGGUAUUGGCUAAGUGGAUUGGAUCAGGCUUUGACUGUGUUAUGACUGAG